AUGCCUGUCCACAGAGAGAUUCUGGAAUACUGGCCUAAACGCAGAUUUAUGAAAAAAGAGCGAGAUUUAACGCAGCCUGGGGAAUCAAGUGCGGCUGCUAGUCGUCAGGAUGAGAUUGAGCGCAAGAAAAAUGAGGUUCUUGUGCUCAAAUCAUGCCUUAACAUGAAACGUCUUAAACUCAGCUUAGCUAUCAACGACAUCAAAAAUUACUGCUUUGAGCACGUAGACUCCGACCAGCUUAUCAACGCCUCCAAAGACGAUCCAUUUAAGAACAAGAGAAAGUGCUCUCUACUCUGA